AUGGGUAGUAUAGAGGAAUUGUCCACUACACGACGAGAGGGACAGGGCAACGAAGGGUUGAGAAUCGCCCAGCCGGCGGGCUCACACGAUGGUUCCCUACUCCCCACACAUAACGAAAAGGCUUCCCUUCGCCGCAAUAGAUUGUUCCGUAUAGAUACAGCUGGUGAGAGCGGGCGAAGCGGGAUUCACCCAAUUCACUUUCUCCGUGUGUGCUUGAAGAGCACUUGUACCCUGUCAAUGUUGGUAAAUGUUCUUUGGCCGUUUGUCCCAGCGGCUAUCGUCAUCCACUUUGCUCGGCCUGAUCUUCAUAUCUGGAUCUUUGCUCUAAAUUAUAUUGCAAUGGUUCCCUCAGCAAACUUGCUUGGUUUCGCAGGAGGGGAGCUCGCGAAGAAGUUACCCAAGGUUCUCGGGGUUCUGUUGGAGACAACGUUGAGCUCGGUGGUAGAGAUUGUCCUCUUUAUGGUUCUGAUACAUAAUGAUAUUAACGGCAACCUGAUUCCCGUCAUUCAGGCAGCGAUCCUCGGUUCUGUGUUGGCAAAUCUUUUGCUUUGUCUAGGCCUGUGCUUUUUCUUUGGAGGCAUGGGGCGUGAGCACCAGUCGUUCCAUGAGGCUGUGAGCGAGGUGGGCACUGGGCUCCUCCUAGUUGCCGGCUUCGGUCUCUUGAUUCCGAGUGCUUUCUUUUCGGCACUAAGCGCAAACAGCUCUAAGACAACCAUUACCCAGGAAGCCCUGUCUCAGUCUACCUUGGUGAUCAGCAGGGCCACUGCCGUUAUCCUCCUGGUCGCUUUUCUGAUGUAUCUGGUUUACAACCUACAUAGCCAUCACAGUAUAUUCGACGAGGUCCUUGAACUAGAUGAACAUAAGGAUGAAGACCGGGAAGAGGAAUUGAAGCGUGCAAAGCUUACGCUAGUCGAAUGCUUCGUGGCCAUCUCAGUAUCUAUCGCAUGUGUCUGCAUGUCUGCUGUUUUCUUGGUCCAGGAGAUUGAACAUAUUGUCCAUGAAAGAGGCGUUUCGGAUAACUUCAUGGGCCUAAUUCUUGUUCCCCUGGUAGAGAAAGCAGCAGAGCAUUUGACUGCUAUUGAUGAAGCCUGGGAUAACCAAAUUAACUUUGCACUCUUCCACUGCCUCGGUCCAUCCAUCCAGACCGCUUUGCUAAAUGCUCCACUUGCGGUCCUUGUCGGCUGGGGACUUGAUAAGGAAAUGGGUCUUAAUUUUGAGAUCUUUAUGAUUGUCUUGGUAGUAUUAUCCAUUCUGGUCGUCGGCAACUUCCUGCGGGACGGCAAGUCCAACUGGCUCGAGGGGGGCCUCUGUGUGCUUAUAUAUGUGAUCAUUGCAGUCACUACAUGGUAUUACCCCCAGAUUGAGGCUGAGGGAGUAUCCAUCCAUCAUGAGGCAUGA